UUCAAUUAAAAUUAAACCAUUUUUAAUAAAAUCCACCAUAAAAUUUUAGGCGAGGCAAUAGGUAAACUUACAAAUAAAUAAAUAAACAAAAAAAUAAAAGAUAUACGGAUAAACAACCUUCAUAAUGCCAACAAUAUCAAAUCGCUUUAAUAACAAAUUACCUUUUGUUUGGUUAACGAUUGUGUUGUUAUUGUUAUUGCAAUGUUGCAAUUGCGCACUGGGCUCACCAAUGUUAUACAAAAAAAAUCCACAAGACAAAUACGAAGCAGAUCUUGUGCCCGUUUCAUCAACUGUCAUACCGCUAACAGUGCUUGAGGUCAGCUAUGGCUUGGGUGGCAAACCAAGUGAAGAGUAUAAACAAGCCUAUUUGAAGAAAUUACGCAAAAAGGUUCAGCUCAAACAGCAUGCAAAAUUGACCCAAAAACAAUACGAUGGAGAUGAAGCUGAAUUAGCAGAUCCCGACACGCUCAUAACAAUCAAAAAGAAACAUAACGACACCAAUAAAGCCAAAGUCAAGGGCAUCUAAAGCAAUUGAAGAUGUCAAUAAUGGCACGAUGGCAGCACGAGAGCGAUUGGAGCGUCAUGAUUCUGGUUGGGAUGGCAUUAAACCAGUACAUCAGCAUAAUAGAAAUACAAAUAACAGCAAAACGAAGAGCAAAGAGCGUUGCGUAGUGUGACAAUUUGACAGCAAGCUAUAUCGAAAUCAUAGAGACUCGCAGCGUUUUAGAUGGCGAUAUGCCAUCAUCAUCAUCUUCACGACCGGCUCUCUAUGUGCGGGGGUGGGUUUUGGACUUUUAAGUGCAUUGCUUGUUACUGCUUUUCAUUUCUGUGCAAGCAAUCUGUUUUCAACAGCAGCAGUCAUCGAUGAUGUCACCAUGCUUCAACACCGCUACGUUUAAACUUACGCGCGUUGAAUACAAUAUUCGACAAACAACAUAAAAAUAUGUAAUAAAAA